AUGCUUGUAUUAGUGGUGAAAUUUACACAAUUACCCCCUUUCGGAAUCAUGUCUUUCAAAAUAGUCAUUAUUGGUGCAGGAUUUGCCGGAGUCUGGAGCGCUCUCUCGGCCAAGCGUCUCAUCAAGAGCACGGGCAAGGAGAAUAAGGUCGAGAUUCUCGUGAUCUCUCCCAAACCAGUUUUAGUUAUGCGUCCACGACUGUACGAGUCCAAAGCGUCUAGCUUGAUUCAUCCUCUAGAGACCCUCUUCAAGGAGGCCGGCAUAAACUUCUGCCCCGGAGUCGUCAAGACCAUUCACACUGAAAGACGCGCCGUUGAAGUUCAAUGUGCUUCGGGUGUCGAAUCGACUAUCGAAUACGACCGCCUGAUUCUUGCUGCUGGGAGUUCCGUCAUACAACCUCAGCACGUCGGAGGCCUUCGUCAGCAUACUUACGAUAUCGAUUCUCUGGAUUCUGCUGUCAAGCUUGAAUCUCAUCUCGAAGCUCUUGCGUCACUGCCUGCAAGUCCUAGUCGCGACACUGUGGUCGUUUGCGGUGCAGGUUUCACAGGUAUCGAGCUAACUGCCGAGCUGCCUAGACGACUUGCCCAUAUUGCAAACGCUCGCGUUAUCUUGGUCGGAAAUACAGAUGAAGUCGGGCCUAGUUUUGGGUCCAGCCCUCGAUCCACCAUAACACAAGCGUUAAAUGACCUGGGUGUUGAGGUUAAGCUUGGAGCCGGAGUGAAAGCAGUUGAUCCCGAAGGAGUUACCCUUACGUCUGGCGUUCGUAUACAAACAAAAACAACAAUCUGGACCGCCGGUGUGCAAGCUACGCCGCUGACACAACAGGUUGCGGCACCCAGAGACGCUUUGGGUCGCCUUUAUGUUGAUCAAUACCUUCGCGUUUCGCCCGUUGAUGGUGUCUUUGCCACAGGUGACGCCGCCUGUGCACUCGCCGAUGGUAAAAACCAACAUGCGUUAAUGUCCUGCCAGCACGCGCUUCAGCUUGGCCGCGUAUCAGGGUAUAAUGCCGCAGCAGAGCUUCUUGGUGUACCCCUAAUGGGGUACACACAGGCUGCAUAUAACUGCUGUCUUGAUCUCGGAGCUUGGGGUGCCCUAGUUGCUGCUGGCUGGGAUAGGGACAUUAUCAAAAUGUCUGGAGAUACUGCAAAGCGAGCGAAGUGCUAUAUCAACCAAAAAUUGAUAUACCCCCCUGACAAUGCCCACGAAGCACUCGCAUCGGCCGAUCCUGUCUUACCUGAUUCUGACCAGCUGUUCGAACAAUUGAUCCAUGUGGUUGAUUAG